AUGAGCGCCGUCCCUAUUGAAUUCAACGUCCCCUCCGUGGACCGACCCUUUGGUAUCUACCUCUGGGCCAUCUUUGACCAGGCCUGGGAGAAGCUUUUCGGCUGGCCCGCGUCCUCUUUCAUUUUCGUGCGAAAUGACCCCAACAUCCCCUUUUCCUCUACCCCUCCCGUGAUCAUUGCCAUCAUUGUGUACUACAUUGUCAUCUUUGGCGGCCGAGAGGUGAUGCGAAACCUGUCUCCCAUCCGACUCAACUGGCUCUUCCAGAUCCACAACAUCUUCCUCACCCUUCUGUCCGGUAUGCUCCUCCUCCUCCUCGUUGAGCAGCUCUUCCCCAUCAUUGUCCGACAGGGUAUCCUCUACGCCAUCUGCGACUACGGAUCUUGGACUCAGCCCAUUGUCUUCUGCUACUACCUCAACUACCUGACCAAGUACUUUGAGCUGAUCGACACCGUUUUCCUUGUGCUGCGAAAGAAGAAGCUGACUUUCCUCCACACCUACCACCAUGGUGCCACUGCUCUUCUGUGCUACACCCAGCUCAUUGGUAAGACCUCGGUCUCUUGGGUCCCCAUCACCCUUAACCUGUUUGUCCACGUUGUCAUGUACUUCUACUACUUCCUGGCUGCGCGAGGUAUCCGAGUGUGGUGGAAGGAGUGGGUCACCCGGCUCCAGAUCAUCCAGUUCGUUAUCGAUCUUGGAUUUGUCUACUUUGCCUCUUACACCUACUUCACCUCUACCUACUGGCCCUGGAUGCCCAACAUGGGCUCUUGUGCCGGCGAGGAGUUUGCUGCUAUUUACGGCUGUGGUCUGCUGACCUCUUACCUCUUCCUCUUCAUCGCCUUCUACAUCAACUCUUACCGAAAGCCCUCUUCCAAGGGACCUUCCAAGCCUGUUGUUGCUGUCGAUGGCCCUGUUGGCGGCGUCAACGCCCAGACUGGUGCUUCUCGAGGCCAGACCACUACCCGAUCUCGACGAGCAUAA